AUGUCUGUGUGGCCAUCUAUCCGAGGCAGAUGGAAGCAGGGGUGGAAGGACUCCACGCGGGGCUCUUUGCAGCAACCCCAAGAGGACUACGAGGCCCUGCGGGAACGCUGCCUGAGGGACCGCUGUCUGUUUGAAGACAGCAGCUUCCCGGCCACCCAGAGCUCCAUCGGCCGCGGGCCUCUGCUUCAGAAGCUGCCACCGCACCUGCAGUGGAGGAGGCCCCCGGAGCUGCACAGCAACCCCCAGUUCUAUUCUGCCAAGGCUAAAAGGAUGGAUUUGUGCCAGGGAGUUGUAGGAGACUGCUGGUUCUUGGCUGCUUUGCAUGCGCUGACUUUGCACCAGGACAUCUUGAGCCGGGUUGUUCCCCUGAAUCAGAGUUUCACUGAGAACUAUGCUGGCAUCUUCCAGUUCUGGUUCUGGCAUUUUGGGAAAUGGGUUCCUGUGGUGGUAGAUGACCGUCUGCCCGUGAAUGAGGCUGGCCAGCUGGUGUUUGUCUCCUCUACUUACAAGAACUUGUUCUGGGGAGCUCUUCUGGAAAAGGCCUAUGCCAAGCUUUCUGGUUCCUAUGAAGACUUGCAAUGUGGACAGGUGUCUGAAGCCUUUGUGGACUUCACUGGAGGGGUGACAACGACCAUCAACCUGGUAGAAGACCCUAGCAACCUCUGGGACAUCCUAACCCAAACCACCUACAGCAGAACCCUCAUUGGCUGCCAGACUCGUAUAGGGGAGAGAGUGCAGGAGAAUGGGCUGGUGGAUGGUCAUGCCUAUACUCUCACAGGAAUCAGGAAGGUGACCUGCAAAUAUGGACCCGAAUAUCUAGUGAAACUACGGAACCCCUGGGGGAAGGUGGAAUGGCAAGGAGACUGGAGUGACAGUUCAAGAAAAUGGGAGCUGCUGAGCCCCAAGGAGAAGCUUCUGCUUCUGAGGAAAGAUAAUGAUGGAGAAUUCUGGAUGUCCCUGCAGGACUUUAAAGCACAUUUUGUGCUUCUGGUCAUCUGCAAACUGACCCCAGGCCUGUUGAGCUUCGAGGUGGGACAAAAGUGGAUGUACACCAUGCAGGAAGGGAGAUGGGAGAAAGGGAGCACAGCUGGAGGCCGGAUGAAGUCCUCGUGGCAAGAUACGUUUUGGAAAAAUCCACAGUUCCUGCUGUCUAUCUGGAGGCCUGAGGAGGGGAGGCAAUCCCUGAGAACCUGCAGCCUGCUAGUGUCCCUGCUGCAGAAGCCCAGGCACAGGUGCCGCAACCCGAAGUCUCGCCUGGCCAUUGGCUUCUACGUGUUCAGAGUGAGCAAGCACUAUAAUGACAAGAGGAAACUGCCCGCUGAGUUCGUCUGGGCAAAUGCUCCCCUGAGCUGGCCUGAGGUAUUCCUUAAAGAAAAGGAAGUGAAUCAGGAGCUGUGGCUGGAACCAGGCACGUACCUCAUCGUGCCCUGUGCAUCUGAGGCCCACCAGGAGUCGGAGUUUCUCCUCAGACUCUUCUCCAGGAAGCACAUCUUGUAUGAACUUGGCAACAAUUCCAGGGUGGUCUACUCUAAGGAAAUAGUAGAACAAAAUGAAGAGCAGAAUGAAUUCUUCACCAAAUUCUUUGCCAAGUAUCCAGAAAUAAAUGCUAUUCAACUGCAGAAGAUCCUGAACCGAAUGACCUGGUCAAGUCUGGGGAGCAAACAGCCCUUCUUCAGCUUUGAUGCCUGCCAGGGGAUCCUGGCCCUCCUGGACCUUAAUGCAUCAGGGACUGUGAGCAUCCAGGAGUUCAGGAGCCUGUGGAAGCAGCUGAUGCUGUACCAGGAAGUUUUCCACAAGCAAGACAGUAGCAGGUCAGGACUCCUGGACUGGGUGCAGCUGCAGGCUGCCGUGAUGGAGGCAGGAAUCGUGCUCGGGGACGACGUCUGCCAGCUGAUGCUCCUCCGCUACGGUGGCCCCAGACUUCAGAUUGAUUUUGUCAGCUUUGUCCACUUGAUGCUGCGUGCAGUGAACAUGGAGAAUGUCUUCCAAAACUUAACCCAAGAUGGCAAAGGGAUAUACCUCCAGAAGCCCGAGUGGCUGAUGAUGACCCUGUAUUCCUGA